ACAUUUGUACACACUAUAACGGAAGCAAUCUAACUAUUUCUCAAUGAGAAGCUGUUUUAUGCAAAAAUGUUUUCAACAGCCACUUUAAUUACUACCAGUAAAGGAAGGUCCAUUUGCAUUUUGCAAAAUGAUUUCAAUAUGCUUGAAAGGACAGUGGUUUUUCUUUUCUAGAUAUUCAUCUACCCCUUACCAGCACAAAUGCUAUUAAAGGUGUCACAAAAUGUGGAUGCAUAUUCCAAGAUACUGAACCUGUCCCAUUCUGAAAAAGCUAUGCAUGUUUUGCAGCUUUCUCCUCAAGCACCUGCUAUGUUUUUCUGUGCUGAAUCUUUGUCGAGUCUGGGAUCUUAACUAUGCAUUUUUGACUCUGCAAUGGCAGCAUUUAUGCAGUCUUCAGAUUCCUUUUACUGCUGAUCCAUUGGCUGCAGAGCCCCCAACAGCAGGAGCAAAUGCAGAUAAAGGUAGCACACUGCACAGCAAUGAACUGUAGUAACUUUACUACUCAGAACGACGACAAAGGAUGAGGCAUACACACAAAACUCUAUUUUAAAAAGCAACUUAAGGAUUAUGGAAAAAGAUUAAGGAGAACAAUGGAGUAUGCAUUACAGAAAACAGCAGUCAUCCUUUUUGUGUUUUCACUCUCAACACCAACAGCUGUCUGCAACUGCCCCUCAAGCUGUGUCUGCAUAGGAGGAAACAGGGUUGUAGACUGCUCACAAAAGAACUUAAUCACAAUUCCAGCAAGGCUUCAAAAUGAUAUAACUUCACUAAAUCUGUCUCACAACCAAAUUAAAAACCUGAACAACAUGACAACUAACUUCAGUCACUUACGAAUACUGGACAUUUCUUAUAACCUGCUCAGUAGCCUGCCAGAAAACUUACCAAAAUCCCUGUGGGAACUGUAUGCUGCAAACAACAACAUUGAAAUUGUCCAAAAAGAUGACAUAGCUUACCAGUGGAAUCUCAAAAUACUUGACUUAUCCAACAAUAACAUUCACAGAAUUACUCUCAUUAACAAUACCCUUUCUAGCUUACAGAGCAUAAGAAUGAAUGGUAACAGGUUAUGGACUGUUCCAACAAACUUGCCAAACAAAUUAAUCAUGAUAGACCUUUCAAACAACAACUUAAACCAAAUCCUUCCAAGCAGUCUGGACAGAAUGUUGCAUCUUGAAAAUUUCUACCUGCACAACAACAAGUUCUCUAACAUUACUACAGGUGCAUUUGACCAACUGCCCAGCCUGAUGUUAAUAACACUGUACAACAAUUCAUGGAAAUGUAAUCACAAUGACAUCAACUACUUGUUAACUUGGCUAAAUAAUACAAAUGCCUUUAUUGCUGGUUGUCCAUGUUCUUCAAAGUUAUACUGUGGUAAUUACAAUAUUUCAGCAGCUGCAACUUCUACACUUGCAACAGUCACCUAUCCUUACACAGCCAGGGAAACAAAUGGGCAUACACUUCUAACAACAACCCUAUCGAUACCAGUGACUGCCAUCACCAGUCAAGUCACACUUAGUAAAUAUAUUUUGAGUGAUACCUCAGCAAUGACAGCUAGGACUAGGCAAUUUACUAUUCAUAUAUCUGGGCCACCAGAAACAAAAACAACUGCAACCAGCAGGAACCAAUUAACAUUAAAGACAACUACUCAUAAUGAUAAAAAAUCAACACAUUAUGAACUGCAUUCAAGUCUAGCUACUGAUCUUCUUACCAGCAAUUCAAGGAAUCCAACGCUGGGAAGCAUUAUGACAUCCACCAAAUCAAAAGCUAGCCAAGAAAUUCCAGGAACAGAAACGGUGGCAAUGCAAAGCACCUCAGCUACAACUUCAAGCUACCAGCCAGAGGUUUCUCAACCACUGACAUCCACUCAUUCCACCAAGAAAGACAGUACAUCUUACAAGACUGAAAGGACAAGUGAAAAUGCUGCAACAACUAAAAUGCUCACAGAUCCAAACACUACUAAAAAUAUGGCUGCAACAGUAUAUUCUGUAGCAUGCAUUUACACAGUUGCUAUAUCAAAUAUGCUUCUACUAAGUCUCCUGAAAAAGGUGACCACCUGAAUUCUGUCAACUGACUAAAAUAAAUAUGUAUUCAAAAUUCAGUCUGAGAAAGUGGGACUUUAUAGACUUGUUUCUAAAAUGAGACAAAAUGUUAUCGGAAAAGGGUUAUCUUUCUGAAAGUAUGCUUGGUUCUGUGUGUAUAUAUUUAUAGAAGAGUUUAAGAUUCUCAAACAGUGCAAGUCUACAAUGGCAUUUAUGCAUGGUUUUACACAGUAAGUAUUUAAAUAUUUAUUUGCUGCUCUGAAUUUUUUAACACAAUGUAUAUAAGCAGAACAUUAUAACAAAUUACUGAAGGUACAGCUUGAAAGGUAAGCCAACAUUAUCCAAAUGCUGAAAUUUAAUUUAUUCUUUAAAAAGUAAACUGCUUACAAUACACAUUUCUGAAGUGCUAAUAAGGUGCAAUACUGCAUAACAUAAAAAAGCUAAAAGAAUGCAUUGUUUUGUAUGUGAAUUUGGUAUUAUAUGGAGCUGCAUUUCCCAGACCUUACUCUUCAUACCAAUAAAAGUAAGUUGUCAUAUUCA